AUGGAUGCUGGAAAUGGGGAGGAUCGUGACCCCCACUCAGGUUCUGAAGAACUACCACGAAACCCUAUUGGACCACAGCGUGUGGGUUCUAUAGGUGAGGAGGCUGCUUCAAACAUUGUUGGUGGUGGAAGUGGUCCAAGUGGAACAGGCCUUCUAGGUUCCACUGGUACUCCGACAGAUUCUACUCAUGCAGCUGCAAAUUCAGGCCUUAGUGGUUCAAAAAGGUCACGACGCCACUCAUGGGUAUGGAAUCAUUUCUCUAUAAAUGAAAACUUCAAAAAUGAAAAUGGUGUUGACAUAGGAGCUAGGGCAGUAUGCCAUUAUUGUGACACAUAUUAUAAAUGCAAAAGUAAUAACGGUGUAGGGCCACAUGGUAGACAUCUAAGGAGUAAACAUGCUGAUAAAAUUGGUGAUGCAUCUGAUAGUAGUAAUUUUGUUUAUUCAAAAGAAAAAAUGAGACAUGGACUGGCCCUUUAUGUAGCUGCAGCAGAACAACCAUUUACUUUUGUUUCUAGAAAUUCAACCCGUAAUGAUACGAAGAAAGCUUAUAGUGAAGUUAAAAAAGAUUUGAUUAGUGAACUUGCAACUGUUGGUGCUAUAGGUUUUACUUCUGAUAUGUGGUCUGGUAUAAAUAAUCGUGGUUAUAUUUGUGUGACUGCUCAUUAUAUAGACUCUAGUUGGACUUUGCAAAAAAAAAUUAUUGCUUUCCGUUUAGUGGAGUUUCCUCAUGAUGCUGAACAGAUUUAUGAAAGUAUUAUGGGUGUUUUUAGGGAUUUUGAAGUUGUUGAUAGAGUUUAUAGCAUUACUUUUGACAACCAUAGUGCUAAUAGUGCUACACUUCCAUUGCAACAAGAAUUUGAUAAAUUGUGCACAUCACUUUACAGUCUUAAACCCAAAAAUAUGAACUCUGAUGUUCAAAAUCGUUGGAAUUCGACCUACCUUAUGUUAAAGUCUUGUCAAAAAUAUAGUGAUGCAAUAUCUGCUUAUGUUAAUCAGAGGUAUCGACCGUGUCGUGGUAAUCCUUUAACUAUAGCUGAUUGGGAAAUUGGUUUUGAGUUCAUGAAAUUUUUGAAAGUGUUUUAUGCUGCUACCGUAGCUUGUUCGGGUGUUCGUUAUCCUACUUCUUGUAUUGUGCUUCAUCAUCUUUUCAAUAUCAGUGUCAAUUUUCGUAAACAUAGGGAACAUCCAAAUUUUGCACAUGCUUGUAUAGAUAUGGAAGGAAAAUUCAGAAAAUAUUAUGAGGAAAUGCCAUCAAUAUUUAUGUUAGCUGCAAUAAUGGACCCUAGGAUGAAGUUACAAGGUGUUAGCUUGCUCUUAAGAGAGAUUGGUACGAAUUUGGGGAUUACCGCUUUACCUUCUUCUGCUAAUGUGAAUGAUUUACUGAAUAUCAUGUAUGCCAAAUAUGAAUCUAAGUUUCGUUCUAAUGCUUCAUGUACUACUGCUCCUUUAACAUCUUCUACAAGUACCAAUGAUGAAUUUUGGGAUUUUGUUAGUUCAAAUUUAGGAAUAGGAAGUAGCACUGGAACUUCACGCAUUGAACUCGAGAAAUAUUUGGACCUAGAAUCUAUUAACGUGAAUGACAGGCGUGAUUUUGAUGUCUUAGCUUGGUGGAAAAAAAAUGAAGAUAAAUAUCCUGUUCUUUCAAUCAUGGCACGUGAUCUACUUACCCCUCCUGUGUCUACAGUAGCAUCCGAAUCUGCUUUUAGUGCAGGUAAAAGAGUGUUGGAUGAGAGGAGGAGCAGACUUGCUCCAGACAUUUUGGAUUGUCUCAUAUGUUUGAAAGAUUGGGAGGAUGCACGCCUUGGAAUUCAAAAAAGAUCGGCUAAAGAUGAAUUCAGAGGCUAUUUUGCAGAUUCUGAUAUAGACAUAAGUGGGCUGAAGUGGAUAUUGUGGCAACUUAUGAAGGCCUUAAAUGGUAACAUGAUGUUGCCCCCGCUUCAAUUUUUGGCUAUGAUUGGUGUUGCAACUUAUGAAGGCCAUAAUGGCAACUUAACGUUGCAUCCAUUUCAAUUUUCUGCUAUGAUGAUAAAAGGAACUAAUAUCUGA